UGGCUUUUCUUGUUCUCUUGUUACAGCAGGGAUUGAUCUGCCAGUCUCAACCCAACAUCGCCAGUUUUGUGAAAACAAAUGGUGUCAAUUUUGUGAAGGAAGGUAAGACCAUGUACUUGAAUGGCUUCAACGCGUACUGGAUGAUGAUGAUGGCAAGUGAUCCGUCCACCAGGACCAAGGUCUCCACCACCUUUCAACAAGCAUCGAAGGCUGGCAUGAAUGUUGCCAGAGCUUUUGCUUUCACCGAUGGUGGUUACAGUCCCCUUCAGUCUUCUCCUGGAGUGUACAAUGAAAACAUGUUCAAGGGAUUGGACUACGUGAUUGCAGAAGCUAAGAAAUAUGGGAUAUAUGUGAGACUGUGUAUGGUGAAUAACUGGAAAGCUCUUGGUGGCAAAGCACAAUAUGUUCAGUGGGCAAAGGAACGUGGACAGCAAGUGGGGGAGGAGGAUGAUUUUUUCACAAACGCAGUUGUCAAACAAUACUACAAAAACCAUGUCAAGACUGUGCUCACAAGAAUAAACACAAUAACUGGGGUGGCAUACAAAGAUGAUCCAACCAUCUUUGCUUGGGAGCUCAUGAAUGAACCCCGCAGCACCACUGACCUCUCCGGAAAGCAAGUUCAGAGUUGGGUGGAAGAAAUGGCGGCAUACUUGAAGUCCAUUGAUCAAAACCAUCUACUGGACAUAGGGUUAGAAGGAUUUUAUGGAGUUUCAAGGAACCAGGACAAUCCCAAUGGAUUUAUUUUUGGUACCGACUUCAUUUCCAACAAUCAAGUCAAACACAUCGAUUUUGCCACCAUUCACGUUUAUCCUGAAUCAUGGUUACCAAAUGCAACUCAGGAGGGUCGUAGUGCUUUUUUGUUUAAGUGGAUUCAGGACCAUAUCCAAGACACUGCGUCUAUGGUUAAGAAACCACUGGUGUUAGGGGAGUUUGGAAGAUCUUUAAAUUUAUACACAUUGCAGAAGAGGGAUGGCUAUUUUAGGAAGGUGUACAAUACAAUAUACAGAAGUGCCAGAAGUGGGGGCCCAUUGGUUGGUGGGCUUUUUUGGCAACUCAUGGCCCCAGGAAUGGAAAGCUGGGGCGAUGGCUAUCAAGUUGUCUUGGAAGAAAGCCCCACAACUGCAGCUAUCAUUGCCCACCAAUCUUUCCUGCUAUCAUCUUUAUCGCACUAA